CGUGGCGGUGCAUGCUGAGAGCAGAAUGGCACCACCUUUGGGGCAGAGCCUCCUUCUGGCCAUCACGCUGGGCAUCUUUGUACUCCACAGCUUCUCGAGUGGGCAGAAGAACAGCACGCUGAUUUUCACGAAGGAAAACACCAUUCGGAACUGUAGCUGCUCUGCGGACAUCCAGGACUGUGACUACAGUUUGGCGAACCUGAGGUGCAGCUGCAACACCGUCCUGCCUUUGGCCCUGGAGCAAGCCAGCUACAGCGACCAUCUGACCAUCUGGUUCACCGAUGCAUCUGCCCUGGGCCUCCUGUUGAACUUCACACUGGUCCAGGACCUGAAGCUUUCUCUGUGCGGUACCAACACCCUCCCCACUGAGUACCUGGCCAUCUGUGGUCUGAAGAGGCUUCGCGUCAACACCGAGGCCAGGCGCCCGUCACCAGAGCAGAGCCUACUCAUCUACAACGGCGGGGAAAGUGAACCCAGACAGAAGCCCGUGUGGUUUCGAAGAGGCUGGCAAACAUGUAUGUACAUCUCAUUCUUAGAUAUGGCACUUUUCAACAGGAAAUCAUCCUUAAAAGCCUACAGUAUUGAAGACACUGCCCACAUCACCAACCAUUUUCCUUACUUGUCUUAUUUCGAAACCUUCCCGAUUUUAAGCAAUAGGAGCUAUGUCAUCACGUUCAUUUACUAAUGUUGUAAAAGAGGCCAACCGCCAGGAACUUUGGCAAACUCUGGAUAACUUGAACAAGGAAUCUGGGAAUGAGGCCAUGGGUAUCCUUACCUACAACUUCACCUGUCUGCCCAGCCCCCAUUCACCACAGAGACACACAUACAACCAGCCCUCUCUGCUCUCCUCUCUGCCCAACCACGGGAGCUGUUUAAAAAAACAAAAGAAAAAGAAAGAAAGAAAGAAACAAACAAACAAAAAAACCCCCAAAACCAACCAAACAAACAAAACGACUUGAGUCCAGAAGGUCUUGAGAGCAGCCAGAGUUUGGGUCUGUGGAGAAAUGUCAGAUCAGAAAUGGAGACAGCAGGGCACACCAAGGACUGCUUAGUGGAACUCAGCACAGGGGAUGACCCCCAAGGAAGAUAUCUUUCUUCAAAAUACUGCCUUCAUUUUUUUCUGCUUCCUUUUGUUGCUUUGACUGGAAUUCCCCAAGAAGAGGAUAGAUUUCAGAGGCUUCAGGACUGUGAGUCCCACAAAAUGAUUAGGUUCUCUUAGACUGGUAUUUCCCAAAUAUCUCUUAGACUGAUACUUGCUGAGAAUAUAUGCACUGAGGAAGGGGAGUUUCAAGAGUGGAACAGGUCGGGUUAGGGCACUAGGGUUCGAGGAGUGUGAUACAGAAAUGAAAACCGGAGCACACAAAAACCAAUGGCAUAUAUCUCAAAAUUUUGCUUAGAGCAAGGCCUAAACCCAGGGGGUUUCUCUCUUGUAUCCCUUUUCUUUCAUUCAUUCUUUGCCUUCUUCUUUGUCCUCACUGUACCACUUCGCCUUUCUCCUCCCAUUUUCCUCAUCCUCCCCUUCCCCCUCCCCUUCCUCCUUCUGCUCCAGAAAUAAGAACUUAGAUUAGUACCAUUAGAGCUGCAUUUAACACCACCAGGGGCUAGCCUGGGAAUCUAAUAAUCAUUUAUAACGUUACGGACAAAAAUGCUCAUAUGACUAAAAGAUAGUUAACAAAAGAAAUUUUAGGGCUCAGUCCACUCAGAUGUUUAAUUCUGGAAAGUUAAGACACUUUGUAUGACAUGGUUGACACAAAAUGGUCUUAGGUGUGAUGACAAAAGGAACCAAGGUAACAUAUUAAAAAAAAAAAAAAAAGGAAACAGACCUCAGUGUACAAAAAUUUUCCUCACAGACUCAAUUUACCAUUGAGAUACAACGUAAAGAAUCCAUGGCAAUUAUGAUACAAAUGACCAAACUUAGAGUGCAAGGAACUAGAAACAUAAUUGCAUUUAUAAUGUCAUAAUGGUAAGAAAGAGUCUUAUUAUAAAGUAACAGGAUGUCUUGGGGCUGAUGAUGUCAGAUCACAUUCACCACAUUUUUCUCUUACCCUUAACAUAGGGUAACUGAAAUAACCUGAAAUAUCUUACAUUCGCUUAAUUGGUGGGGGAUUUGGUCAUUCAGGCUAAUUAGCGUGAGUCCAUAAUGUCAGUGUUUAAAUUAGGCCAGAACUAAGACCAAAGUAUGAAUUUUAAUAGAAUAAUGCAAUGACCUCAUUAUUGACGUUGUAUUUGGGAGGUAAGUUUAAAGUGAGAGAAAAAGACAAGGAAAAAAAGGAUUUGGAAAAGGGAAGGCAAGAAGAAUAUAAGUGAAAGGAUGAAUAAUAAAUAUAUUUACUAUCAUGAGUUACUGAAAAUGUAAAAAACUGAAUUUUAAUGGAUUUUUAUUAAUAAAGUACAAAAUUAAAUGAUUUAGAAAUUAUGAGCAUCUUAAUAUGCAUUCUCUUCCAUUUGGUGGCUUUGAAUAGUUUCAAAGCCCUUCCACAGAUGUUGUAAGUGAUUCUUGUAAGAAAUAAUUGUAGAUCAAUGGGACUUAAAUCAAUAGAAAAUGAAAGUUAAUUUAGUAAUGAAUCAAGCUUGCCUGAUUUAUUUCUGGCCUGAAAAUGUGGUUCAGGUUGCACUGAUAGAGGAUAAAUUAGGAACAGAGAAAAUCCACAGCACAUACAUGGGAGAAAAUGGCACUUGGUGCUCAGUGGAUGGUGAGGGUUGGGGGGAACAACAGGGAGCCAUGGGGAUAGUGGAAAACUGAGAGUAUUUGCCCUACCUGAAGGGUCCACAGCAGCUCAGCUCUAGCUCUGAGUGUCACUGUGGGAGAAUACAAUGGGGCCAGAUCUUAUCCUUCAAGAAAAUUAGGAAUUCCAGGUUUUUGUGUGAAAUCUUACAAUUUGUAAAUGUUGGCACACUAUUUUGCUUUUUUGUUUGUUUGUUGCUUUCAGUAACACUGUGUGGUCAAACAAACCAUGUCAGUGGUCCCCUUAAGCUUGGGGCUGGCCAUUUGUCACCUCUGAUCGGUGGUGUGCUGGUUAAAGUUUAACCACCAGCUCUCCAAAAAAGAAAAAAAAGGUACAUAGAUACAU